AUGCCAGUCUCAAAUUGCCAGGUAGGUGGUGUCUUUUCGCUUUUACGUCACCCACCUACAGUAUGUGCAGGGCCAAGGGCGAGCUCAUCACUUUCUGAUGCUGAUUUUAAAGAACAAUACCAUUCUCGUGAAGAAGAUCGGAUGCACCAACGCGAACGCGAGUGGAACCGUCCAAAAGCACCAUCACGUUCUGUCAUCCCUGAGUUGCAUCACCGACACUCAUUGGAGUUCCACCGACGCCACUCUCAAGAAAUUCCUUGGACGUCACCUUCUCACGUUAAAUCCCUUUCGAACGGAGCGACUUCACCUCUCAGCGGCAGGGUUCUGCAUAGAAGGGGUAGCGUUGCGUCGCUUCGGAGUUUUGAUGAUGAUUGGAGCUCAAGGUCAGGUUCCAUGAGCUCACAGGCAGAUCAUCGUGAUUGGAUGGCUGAGCUUGACGGGGACCGCUACCUCGAGCGUGAACGAGAAUGGAAUAAACGACACCCACCACCUCGACCAUCUUCAAGUCUUAGCUCACAUUCGAAUCAUUCCCACACUUACCCCAGCCGACCUCCAUCAGUCACAGCGUAUGCGACACCGACGCUCGCAUCCCUUCAACGGCGAGGUUCCAGUUCUCGAUUAUCUGGUGCCAGCUCUCCUGCCAGUUCACAGGCUAGUCAUGACUCGUUACGAGACCCAGAAGAAGUGGAAGAAGAACGAAAGGUAACGCACGAACGUGAGCGAAAUUGGAACUCACCACAGCCCAAAUGGAACACAACGAGACAUCAUAGUUAUGACGGCAGUGGAAAUGAAGUUACAUCUGCGAGUGACCAUCUUUCCCAAAGCAAGAGUGGGAGGAGUUUGCGUGCAUCGUCUAGUUUACCUCGCCUCACCCCAGAGGCUCAAAGCAAGGGCUCACUGACGGCUGUGAAGGUGCAUUCUCACAAAGGCAAAAUAGAUUCGAUGCUCGAUGAAUCAUCGUCCGUUCAUCCGCCGCAGGGUGCAGAUUCGUUGUCUCCUUCCAAUAAUGGCAAAGCUUCACCCCGUACUACACCACUUAAGCCUGCGGCCGCUUCAAGAUUUGGCUGGGGUUUUUCGCGGGGUCAUCAGCUUCCUCCUUUAGAUCUGGAGAGUUCGCCUAAACGAGGCGGACACAGCAACAAGGAGCCUGAUUCCUCACCUCACCACACGCCAACCAUCUCUUCGCCAUCGCUGACUCCAGGCUCGCUCGCAUCCAACCGAGCGUCGGGCGUCAAUCGGUCGAGCUUGAUUCCAGUACCCUCGCCAUCUAAGAAGAAUGGUCUUUUCAACAGUGGCAGUUUUGCCUCUUCCACUCCUAAAGCCAACGAUGAGGAGAAGUUCAAGAAGGGUCAUCGCAAGCGGCUGACAAAGUUUACUGAAUCAGUGGGGAGUAUUCACCCUCGUACUAGCAUCCACGGUGCAUUUGGGGAUGAGGAUAUGGUUUUAGCGAGCGACAAGGAAUCCGUGUCGGAGUUUGCUCUGCAAUUGACUGCUCCAGACACACGACCUUCGAAUUCUUUCCCAGAAGAUCCUCUCAGCGAGCCAGAGACAGAGGUUCUGGUGUCUCCACCAUCCUCGCCACCAAGGCUAUGCUCAGUCGUUCAAACACCUGGUGUUUCUUCCAAUGAUGAAGCACGUCUUCACAGAGCUCUUUUUUCAACUUCAGCGACCUCAGCAGGUGAUGCCAUCAUCCUUCACUCCCCCAGGACACCGCCAAUGACCAGUUCCGCUCCUCGGGACGAAUCUUCUUCUGAAGCCAUUCCCACCUUCACGCUCACAACUCCACCGCGCCGUCUUGCGUCAAGCACUUCCAUUCUUGACUUCCGCACUCCAUCUCCGCCUCAUGACCUUUCUAAUCUUUCUGUUCUCCCUUCAUCUUCUGAAGAUGAAGUAGAGACACGCGAGGCGGAUGUUACACCUGUCCGAAUGGAUGAGGAUGGCCCUGCCAAUCCGAACUAUACCGCAAUGAAGACCCCGAAGCCUCCUGGAGCGUGGGCUGCUACACCCGUACCGCCCAAGCACCUGAGGGAAACAUCACCACCUCCUACUUCAUCCGAGUUGGCUCCGACUGUGUCAUUGUCAUCGACACCUCUAUCUCGAGCUAUUUCUGAACCUGAACGGAGCUCGGAGACAAAUGUCCCAGCAGGCAAUGGACUGCUCACGCUAAUACCUUCUCUGUCGCGCGCUAAGUCUCUUCCUCUACGCACCCUGGCACCCCCUGGGGCAUGGAUGCUCACUCCAAAUCAACCCGUGACUCAGAAUGGACAGAAUGGUUUUGCCGAUCAAUCCCAGUUUGGUUCUAUCGGAAGGAGGAAGAGCAUUCUCAAAGUACGCUUUGACGUCACGGAAUCAGAGGCUUCAACUGCUGAAGUUGAAAAAUCACCUUUACCUUCUGGACGCGUAUCUGCGCCAGACUUUCUGCCUGAUAGCCACGCACGACAAGAUGGGGGGUUACCUCAGUAA